AUGGAAUUCCUCCUGCUGAGUUUCUCGGGGGUCCGGGGGCUGCAGCUGGUCCAUGCCACGCUGUUCCUCCUGGCCUACCUGGUGGCCCAGAUGGGGAAUCUCAUCGUCGCCGUCACCAUCCCCAAUCGGCGCCUCCACACCCGCAUGUACCUCUUCAGGAACCUGUACUUUCUCGCCCGCUGCCUCAUCUCCGUCACUGUCCCCAAGUCCACCUUCAAAUCCUUGACCAAGUGCAAUCCCAUCUCCUUCCUGGAGUGUGUCUUCCCAGUAUUUUUCUUAUUACUGUGUGCUUGUGCUGAGCUCUGCUUCCUCACAAUGAUUUCCUAUGACCGCCAGGUCACCAUCUGCCUAUCCUUGCGCUAUGACAUCAUCAUGAACCGAGGAGCUUGUGAGGAGAUGGCGGCCGCCUCGUGGCUCAGCGGGGUUAUCAGACUCUCCAAUUCCAGUGGGAAGAUUUGGGAGCUCAUAGCAACUGCCUUCUCUUCAAGUCUGACUUUCAUCUGCUUUGUCUCCAUCGUCAUCUCCUACAUCCGCAUGUUCGAGGCCAUGCUGAGGGUGCCAUCCGGAGAGAGCCGAUCCAAAGCCUUCUCCACCUGCCUGCCACACCUCGUCGUCGUCACUUUAUUUGUCUCCACCGGUGAUGCUGCCUAUCUCAAGCCCGUGUCAGAAUCGCCCUCAGCGCUGGACCUGCUGACUUAA